UCUCAUAUAUCCUCCUUAGCGAUGACAAAGACUCCUCUUCCUUGAUCAAACCAACCCAAAAAAACUCCAUUAUUGCCCUCUACCCAGCAUAAAAAAAAGAAAAGAAAAAAAAAACCUUGUUUAGCAGGCAUCGGCCAUGGCAGCUCUAAGGUUUAACUCGCUGCCAGGAAUCCUAGAAAUGAACCUAACAUCAUCUUUUAGCCCAAACCCAAAGCUGUCUUUUGCUUCAUUUCACUGUGAUAACAAGAAAAGGGUAUCCAGAAUGGUAGUAAAAGCAGCCAAAUAUAAAGGGACUCAAAUGAGGGAAAAGAAGCUGACUGAGUUGAUUGAGGAAAAGGUUUUAGAAGCCAAGCAAGUGUGUGAAGGAGAUGAGACAUCUGACGAGUGCAAGGUGGCUUGGGACGAGGUCGAAGAGGUAAGUCAAGCCAAGGCUGAUCUCAGGCGUAGACUUCAAAUUGAAAAGAAAGAUCCUCUGGAAUCCUUCUGCCAGGAAAACCCUGACACUGAAGAGUGUAGGAUCUAUGAAGAUUGAUGAACCAAAAACAAAAGUAAUCAUUUAGUUGAAAAAAAUAGUGAGGGAUUGUUAAUUAGUGGUUUGAAUUAUUAAUCCAAAGUGUAUGGUAUGGAUCUUCAUUGUUAUUCUGUUCUCAAUCAAGCUGAAUUAUGUUGUG